AUGGUGACACAGAGCGAGGAGGGUCGUACUCGCUGUCCAAGCACGGCGCAGGUGGAUGAAGUUCCACCAACCCCAAAGGAUGAGAGCGGCAAGACACUACCAGCCGAUGACGCUCGAGUGCUGCAGCGUGUACCACCACCUCCGCCGCCACCGGCCGCCUCCACUGACUCCGUUACUCGCAAGGAACCGAAUCUGAAGAGCGAGCAGCGCGGCGUCGACGAGGCGCAUCAAGCCCAACACGAGGCGCCGGACAACGUGGAGCAGAAGGGCUCUGUGGCAGCGGCAAACGAAGACGAGGCGGCUGAGGAGGAGAAAGAGCCCAGCCUGCUAGUUGACAUUCUAGGCAGCCAGCAGGAAGACCAGCAGCGCUAUCCCACCGCGCUUUCCAUUGAUGCCGCCAAGGAUGCACCCAUGGAGAUCGGCAUGGACAAGGAUGGGUCACCGUCGGCCGCGGCAGCCGAGACGCACACCAACGAGAGGCCAAAGAGCUCCUCGCCACCGCCGCCGGAGGUCUUCACUGACAUGAACGGAAAGGCCGACGACGUCGACGAGGCCAGCUCAGCGCCGAAGAUGCCCAUGGUCACCACCGUUGCCCCAGAGCAGGUGGACGGCCCCGUGUCUAGCUCAGUGUACAAGACUCCGCAGCAUCAUACAUCGCAGGCUGUCCAUACGACAGAGGCGCUGCAUGGCAUCUCAUCGGCAGAAGCCGAUGGUUUCAUUAGCCUGAUCAAACCCGAGCAGCAGCCCCAGGAAGCACAGGAGAUGGAUUCCAAUCGCAUUCAAUUAUCGCCGCUGGUGUGCCCCGUCCAGGAGCUCUCGCAGGUGGAACCCAUCAGCUGGAGUAAGGCGAGCCUGCUGGAAGGCUCACCGCUGCACUGGGAGACUUCGCAUGGGGCCGACGUGUCACCGCGCCUGUACCGCCCACUGCGCCUGGGCACAGAUGUGCUACGGCAAAAAGAGCGCGCAAACGCGUCUAACGUUGCCGACACGAUCGGUGCCGCCGCCGCACUCUCUGAGUUCGCCUCAGAAGAGGCAGAAGUGGAGGAGCAGGGCGUAGCGUGCGGCCUCGGGGACGACGCGGAGAAGCCGAUCGCCUUCACCGCUACCAGCGAGGUCGAGCUGGAACCUGAGGCGGCGGAGGAGAGCAACGCUGAAGAAAGCACGCUCUCCAUGGACAAGGACCGCGUGUAUACAAUGGGCAACACAGAUGCGGAGGAUAGGUCGCAGCCUAGGAAGAGCGUGGAGUCGUCCGUUGCGCCGGUAGCACCGAUAGAAGCCGCUGACAAGCACAUAGCCAGUUCAGAGCAGCACGCGACCUUUGCAAUGCUGACUGCUGAGAAGUCCGCCUGGACCGGCUCUGAGGCUCCUCGUCGCAUGCCCCCACCGCCUCCAUACCACCAUAGCGACGAAGCUCAUGACACACCGCUGCCCUCACGGUCUGCGCCGCCAAGCAUCUUGUUCCCUCCGCCUGCAUGA